AGGACGCUCGAGUCUGCAGCGCCCCCGCCCCCUCGCUUUUUCUUUCUUUCCUUGCUUUGGGAUCUUGCUGCCGGAGCCGAGAGAGGUUCUGAGAAGACAAGAGCGAGGGUCAGGAGCGCAGGCUUCCCCGGCGGCGGCGCGCGAACCGAGCUGGGGGCUCAACAUCCCCGGCGUGCCCUCCCCGUCCUCGCCUCCCCGGCCGGAAUGUAAGGAAGGAAAGCCCUAGCGCCUGCCUCCCGCCCCCGACGGUGUCCCAGAGAGCAUCCUGUGACCCGUGGCUGGAGCCCCUUUGCCCGCAGCAGCGUGGGACCGGAGCGGCGGGGCGCACCGGGCGCCGGUUCCCGGCUCCCACUCUUCGGAAAGAGCGCGGUGGGGACCGCCGCCUUCCCUGCUCUCCGCACAACUCCUGGGCCAGCAGCGCGCGGCUGGACGAGUCCUGCUUCCCGCCAGCUCACCCGGAGUGGGGGGCAGCCCCUGCCUGCCCGCCCUGCAGCCCUAGCUUCCCCCGAACCUGCGUGGAUCCCCCACACCCGGGUGGUGAGCCCCGGACGCCCGCGUGGUGAGCCCGGCGGCUCGUGGUCCCCGCAGCACCCCUGGCCCCAUGGACAGAGCACCAGCUGCGGCUUCCUGAGUGCCGGCACCGCUGCCGUCCAGGCUGUGCGCUGGGGUCCCCUGGCUCGUCCCCCUCUGGGGUAUCUGAGAGGCCGCGAAGCGCGCACCAUGAAGUCCGUGCUGGUCAGCCGCUUUUUCAUCCUACUGCCCUGGAUCCUAAUCGUCAUCAUCAUGCUCGACGUGGACACGCGCAGGCCCGCGGCCCCGCUCACCCCGCGCCCCUACUUCUCUCCCUAUGCAGUGGGCCGCGGGGGCCCACGACUCCCGCUCCGCAGGGGCGGCCCGGUGCGUGGGGCCGAAAAGCGCAACGAGUCCCGGCAGCAGCCGCAGCCGCAGCCGCAGCUGCCCACCAUCUAUGCCAUCACGCCCACCUACAGCCGGCCGGUGCAGAAAGCUGAGCUGACCCGCCUGGCCAACACGUUCCGCCAGGUGGCGCAGCUGCACUGGAUCCUGGUGGAGGACGCGGCGGCGCGCAGCGAGCUGGUGAGCCGCUUCCUGGCGCGGGCCGGGCUGCCCAGCACGCACCUGCACGUGCCCACGCCGCGGCGCUACAAGCGGCCCGGGCUGCCGCGCGCCACCGAGCAGCGCAACGCCGGCCUCGCCUGGCUGCGCCAGAGGCACCAGCACCAGCGCGCGCAGCCCGGCGUGCUGUUCUUCGCCGACGACGACAACACCUACAGUCUGGAGCUCUUCCAGGAGAUGCGGACCACACGCAAGGUCUCCGUCUGGCCCGUGGGCCUGGUUGGUGGGCGACGCUACGAACGUCCGUUGGUGGAAAACGGCAAAGUUGUUGGCUGGUACACCGGCUGGAGAGCAGACAGGCCUUUUGCCAUCGACAUGGCAGGAUUUGCUGUGAGUCUUCAAGUCAUCCUGUCCAACCCAAAAGCAGUAUUUAAGCGCCGUGGAUCCCAGCCCGGGAUGCAAGAAUCUGACUUUCUAAAACAGAUAACAACAGUGGAAGAACUGGAACCAAAAGCAAAUAACUGCACCAAGGUUCUCGUGUGGCACACUCGGACAGAGAAGGUUAAUCUAGCCAAUGAGCCAAAGUACCACCUGGACACAGUGAAAAUUGAGGUAUAAAAUCAAAGCAACAACUGGUGCAGUUUACCUGGCCAAAGGAUGUGGAAGAGGAUGUCUGGAGUUUAGGCUGCAGAGAUUCAGGUAUUGUUCAUUUUACUUCAGUACAACAGCCUUUACUGUCAUCUGAUGGACAUCUGUUUAAACAGUGCUUGUUAGUUAACACAAGCUAACUGGAUGGUACAAAAUGUAUGUUUUGUCUUCAUUUGUUCUGCAUGUUUUCCCUACAACUAAAUUGGAAGAUUUUUGUAUAGUGGAGUUAUAUGACACUGCAGGAUACCAUUCUGAGUAUCUUACACUUUUCUUCCUCCCUCCUCAAUUUGGCCUUAUAAUUGGUAGAACUCAAUAGGUUUCAGAAACAAGAUGACAGAUAUUUUGUCAGCUAAACAUUCCCAAUUCCUGACUUUGCAAUAUUAAGUAAUUUUGGAAGAUUGGUGGCAGUAUAUAUUAUAGGAAAGAAAAACCCCACAAUUGAAAAGGUCUAUGGAUUCAUCUGUUUAAUAUAGGGAAAUAACAUUUUGUCAAUACUAGGCACCAUAAAAUGUAAACACAAUUACUGUCAUAAACCUGGAUAUACCUUCAAGGAUUCAAAGUGGCUUUGUUUUAGUUACCCUGUUUGCAUGUAGUGCAGAAAAAGGUCUUCAUGUUAGCACUAUGUACAUAAGAAGAGAUCCAAAUUACAAGAGAGGCAGAUAAAAUUUGAAUUCUUUAAACAUUCAUUAAACUAAGUUUUGUAGUAA